AAUUAGAGCUGGUGACUUCGGACGGACACUGUCACAUGGAUUAAAGGGUAGCAUUAAUGCAGACCCUUAUCUUUGGCUGAAUAGCUAACCUGGGCGUGGCUCUUACCCUGCCGCUACUGGAAUCUAAUGACUUUCAAGGCUUCCGGCGGUGCUUUGCCUGAUCUUUAUGAGGCUUCAAUCGCAGAACUUCAAGAUGGUCUAGUAAAAGGAGACUUCAGUAGUGUUCAGCUUGUGCAGGCCUACCUUGGCAGAAUCGAAGAAGUUAACCUGAAAGGUCCUGCAUUGCAUGCAGUCAUUGAGACUAAUCCGAAAGCCUUGCUACAAGCUGUGUCCCUUGACGAUGAACGGAAAGACAAAGGCAGCCGUGGGCCAUUGCACGGAAUACCAUUGUUAUUGAAAGACAACAUUGCUACGUUGCACAAAGAAGGUUCCUACGCGCUGCUGGGUUCAGUUGUUCCUCGAGACGCAUUUGCUGCAGCAAAAUUACGUGAAGCUGGGGCUAUAUUCAUAGGCAAAACAAACCUCUCCGAGUGGUCUGGUAUGAGGGGCGAGUGGGGUGAUCUGAAAGGACAAGUUCCCAAUGGCUUCACGGAACGUGGAGGGCAAACUCAUUGUCCCUACUACCCGAAUGCUAGUCCAUCCGGUUCAAGCUCCGGAAGUGGCAUUUCGACUGCUGUUGGUCUAGCAGCGGGCUCCCUUGGCUCAGAAACUCAUGGCUCUAUUGUCUCCCCAAGUAGCAGGAACAAUAUUGUGGGCAUCAAGCCUACUAUCGGGCUGGUAUCUCGCUCAGGCGUAAUACCCAUUUCUUCUCAUCAAGAUACUGUUGGCCCGAUGUGUCGCUCUGUCACUGACGCAGCCCUGUUAUUGAAUAUUAUCGCUGGGCCUGAUCCUCGAGAUGAAGUUACUUUACAUCAGCCUGGGAUUGUCCCAGACUACAUGAAAGCGCUCGACGCAAACGCCUCAAAGACCAUCGAGGAGAAGUUCAACUCAUCCCUUGACGUCUUUCGAGCUUUAGGCGCAGAAAUCGUUGACCCUGCAGAUUUUCCAAAUGCGGAAGAACUAGUAGCUUCUAAAGCGGAGAAGCGGAUACUGGACGUGGACUUCAAAGUUGAUCUUAACAAGUACCUAUCAGAACUGGUCGACGUUCCGACAGGCGUCACCACUCUCGCUGCUCUGAUAGAAUUCAACAAGGGUCGUGCAGAGCUAGAUCUUCCACCACCAUUCUACAAAGAUCAAUCCCAAUUCAUCGAAUCGGAAGCUACACAGGUUGACGACGCUUACUUUGCAGCACUAGCCGAGGAUUUUGAUUUGGGACGCACGAGGGGAAUUGACGCCACUCUGGCUCAGUUCAAUCUCGAUGCCAUAAUUCUACCGACCGAUGCGCUGGUAUGCAAACCCGCGGCAAUUGCAGGGUAUCCGUUGAUCUCAGUGCCCCUCGGCUUUCAGCCAGAAGACGUUAAAGUACUGCCUGCGACGCCAUCCCCAGUGCACAUCCAAGCCCCAGGACUUCCUUUUGGAAUCGUUUUCAUGGGUACUGCGUAUAGCGAGUUCAAGCUCAUCAGCUAUGCCUAUGCUUUUGAGCAGGCUACUCACGUGCGACUUGAGAGAAGGGCAUAUGAUGAUGCGAUUCCCAGAACCCAACUAAUAGAUGUUAUGUUUCAGUGAUUUGUACACUAUAUGCAGGGAAUAACUGAGCUGUCUUGCGUGCCGCUCGGAAAUGUUUUUCCGUUCUUAAAUAGUGGAAUGUGCUUUCGUAUUAUAAGCACUUCUCUGGUCGG